AUGUUCUUUAAUUUACUUCGACCUCAAGCAGUGCAGCAUCUUUCACGUCCAAUUCGUCGUGUGAGGCCUCUUUCUGCAGCUCAUCAAAGCUUCGUCUUCUACACCUUACCAACCAUCUACUCUCGCAACAUGGCCACCGGAAAUACCAACAAGAUCACCGACUGGGUGAACCCUAACGACAAGUCGGGCGAGUUCAAGCGUCAGCAAUCCGUCUUCCGGAACUGGAUCUCAAGAGAGGCUGGUGCCCAAUUCCCUCCGGAGAAGGGCCGGUACCAUCUUUAUGUCUCGUAUGCCUGUCCAUGGGCUCAUCGGACUUUGAUCACCCGGAAGCUCAAGGGUCUCGAGGACUACAUCAGUUUCUCUUCGGUGCACUGGCAUCUCGGUGCGGAGGGCUGGCGCUUCCCUACUCCCGACGAGAAACUGCCGGGAGAGAACACCAUUCCGGACCCCCUGCACCCGGAUUUCACCCAUAUCCGACAAGUCUACUUCUCGAAUGACCCCAACUAUACAGGCCGCUUCACCGUGCCCGUACUGUUCGACAAGAAAACCGGGCUGAUCGUCAGCAACGAGAGCUCCGAAAUCAUCCGCAUGCUCUACCACGAAUUCGACGGCCUCCUCCCAGAACAAUACAAGAAAAUCGACCUCUUCCCCCCAACCCUGCAAUCCGAAAUCGAAGCCUCAAACGACUGGAUCUACAACGACGUCAACAACGGCGUUUACAAAUCUGGCUUCGCAACCACACAAGAAGCCUACGAAAAAGCCGUAACAACGCUCUUCUCCUCCCUCGACAGGAUCGAAGCCCACCUCACCAAACAACAAUCGGCCUCCAAGCCAUAUUUCUACGGUGACCAGAUCACAGAGGCGGAUAUCAGACUCUACACCACCAUUAUCCGCUUCGAUCCCGUCUACGUGCAGCAUUUCAAGUGCAAUCUGCGUGAUAUUCGCUCUGGGUACCCGGCUAUUCACCGUUGGGUCCGGAGGCUGUAUUGGGAUAUUCCUGCUUUCCGGGAUACUACGGACUUUGAGCAUAUCAAGUUCCAUUAUACUAAAAGUCAUAAGCAGAUUAAUCAGUUUGCGAUUACGCCGCUGGGGCCUGUUCCGGAUGUCCUGCCCAAGGAUCAGGAGGUUAGGGCUGUGCAGACGGCUGAAUAA